UAAAAAUUUUUUAGUGUUUUGUCAAGCUUAGGAUUAUUGUUAACGUAAACAAAUACAUAUUUUUUUGUAUACAUUUUAAGUAUAUUCUUAUCAGGAUAAUUGUAAGAGAAUUUAUUAUUUAAAUUCUCUUUCAGCAGCUUUUAUAUGGUAAAUUCUGAUGCCAUGACUCAACAUAUUAAAUCCCGUUCUACUACAGUGGAAAAGUCCGACGAGUUAACGAAAACUGAAUGGAUGGAAAAGAUUAGGGGAUUGCACAUGCAAAGAGCUGAUAUGAACCGAUUAAUCAUGAAUUAUCUUGUGACAGAAGGAUUCAAGGGUGCUGCAGAAAAAUUUCGCAUUGAAUCAGGUGUGCAACCCUCUGUAGAUCUUGAUACAUUAGAUGAAAGAAUUAAAAUUAGAGAUGCUAUUCAGAGUGGUAAAAUACAAGAAGCUAUUGAAAUGGUCAAUAAUCUUCAUCCUGAGCUGUUGGAUUGUGAUCGAUAUCUCUUCUUCCACCUACAACAACAACAUUUAAUUGAGCUCAUUCGACAAAGAAAUAUUGAAGAGGCCUUAAAAUAUGCUCAAGAACAAUUAGCUGAACGUGGUGAAGAAAAUCGAGAGGUUCUUGCUGAGCUAGAAAGAACAUUGGCACUAUUGGCUUUUGAUGAACCUGAAAAAUCACCUUUUGGUGACCUUUUGCAUCCCUCGCAUCGUCAAGAAAUAGCCAGUGAAGUAAAUGCAUCUAUUCUAGAAAUGGAAAACAGAGAAUCUACUACACCAAAAAUUGCAACACUAAUGAGAGUUAUGCUUUGGAUACAAGAAGAACUUGAAAAGAAAAAAGUGAAAUAUCCCAAAAUGACAGAUAUUGCCACUGGUACGAUUGAAGAUCCAAAAUGAAUGCUCGUUUGUUUAAAAUUUAAUUCUUAAUAUAAUGGGAAGGAAAGACUUUCCAUGUGAUGGAAAAGGAAACUUUUUCAUUAUUAUAUUUAUUGUAAAUAUUUGCAUUUUGUUCGACCUAUUAACUUCCAAAACAUAGUUGAAUGUAAAUUUAUUUUCCUAGCUCUUAAUAAAUAUUAAUUUUUAUGAAA